UCACACUCGUGCUGCUGCUUUGCAUGCACACAUUAGCACCUGCACAGUUUUUUAAAGCAGCACACACAAGUGGAAAGUGUACCUUUGGAUACAAUAUGGAAGGACCAUUACGCAACUUAGUAGUAGAGUAUUUACAUGCAGACAGACACUUGCUUUAGUUCAGAGAAUCAAAAACAACAACAACAAGAAAAAAAAAAGUCCACACAAGACUUGACACAAUCCACUCUGUCCAAAGGAGCAGGAGGGAGAGCCGAGGGAUCGGAACACUGGAGCUCAAGGAUAAGCCAUGGACACUGCGUACAUCCCAACACAGCUGGAGGUCCAUCAUGCUCCCUGCUAACCUCCUGCUCCUCAUGGUCCUGCUGCUACCUCAAGCCUUGUCCGGUGGCCAGGGUGACACCGGCGAGGUCGACAAUGGCAGGCUAGCCGGCGCACCGCCCUUCACUUCGGAGCCCCAGCUGACCGGUUUCCCCCUGGAACCGGGCCUAGCUCAGACCAUCCAGAGUCUCCUGCUGAGCCGCCUGGGACUGCAUUCGCAACCCAACCCUCGGCCUGGUGUGCCGGUCCCUCGGUACCUCAUGGAUCUGUACCGCUUCCACCAGCAGCAGUACCACAUGCUGGAGGACCCCUCCUUCAGCUUCCCCAGCCAGCACGUGCAGCAGGCCAACACCGUACGCAGCUUUCACCACACCGAGCCCCUCACAGCAGAGGACCACAAAUGGGCGCACAUCUCCUUCAACAUUUCCUCCAUCCCCCCAGAUGAGAAGGUGCUCUCGGCUGAGCUCCGCCUCUUGCGUACCGCCAGGAGCGCCUCCCUGGGCCCCGGCCCCCACAGACUGAACUUGUACCUCUCGGGGCGCCAACAGGACCCGCGCCCCACCCUACUAGAGACCAGAUUCCUUGCCGCUGAGCCUCAAAGUCAUACAUCCAGCGGCCUCUGGGAGGCAUUCAGCCUGAACGCAGAACUCUUCGAUUUGGCCCUGAACGGAGACGACCACCUUGACUUUCUCCUUGAGGUGGUGCCAGAAAACAGCACCGGUUUGGGGGAAGGGGAGGGACACAAGAGGGGGCACUUGAGGGUCUGUAGGUCAGUGAGGCAGGACGAGCACAGCUGGGCACAGGAGAGGCCCCUCCUGGUGACUUAUAGUCAUGACGGGCGGGGAGAAUCGUUGGUCAAACACGGACAAAGAAACCUUAGUGGGGUGCCCAGGAAAAGUUGGAAUAGAGACCAAAAGUGGGGCCGGGUUAAAACGUAUAAAACGCCGAGCUGGGAUGGCCAAACGGGAAGGGUUAAACGUAACGGCGGUCGCGCGGCCAAGCUCAAGCUCCUCUCCCGCAACCGCUGCCGCCGCCAUCCCCUCUACGUGGAUUUUAACGACGUGGGCUGGCACAAGUGGAUCAUCGCGCCCAGCGGCUACGACGCCUUCUUCUGCCUGGGCGAGUGCCGCUUCCCCCUGGCCGACCACAUGAAUUCUUCCAGCCACGCUAUGGUGCAGACGCUGGUCAACUCAGUCAACGGCGCCGUGCCGCGGGCCAGCUGCGUGCCCACCUCGCUCAGUCCCAUCGCCCUUCUCUACCUGGACCCCCAGGACCGCGUGGUGCUGAAGAACUACCAGGACAUGGUGGUGGAGGGCUGCGGGUGCCGGUAGCGUGCAGGAGAAACCGUCUGGGGAGGAAAAUGAUGGCAGGAUGUUCUCCAGCAAGGAAAAUCCCAACAUUAGCAUAUAUGUCAGAAAAUAUGCCGGCACUUUUCCACUGCACGGUAUCAGAAGGUGCGAAAAACAUGCAGAAUUGAACGCAUGAGCUACAAUGAGAAAACCUUUAUCUGAGAGGAGACUGAGGGCGGUUGCAGCCAAAUGGAGACUGUGGAGUGUAACACUGCAUCCACAGCUAAAAUAGUGUACAUAAACAUUGCAAAUCGGCCCAAAUUUGAGAAUCCCCCCCCCACGCACACACACUUCUUCCGAUCAUAGUCAACAAAGGCCAGAUUAUCAAUUGUCUCUAAAAGAUUAUCUUGAGCAAUUACCCUGCGGUGUGGGAUGUGUUAAGAGUUAUUUCUCGUCCCUGAACUGCUCGCAAAAUGGUCAGGCUGACAAUUGUAAAUGUUAAAAUUAUUAUCUAUUUACGAUUGCAAAUACAGAACAAUAGACAAAUAAGCAGGUUAAACUCCUACGGACAAUGGAGACUGUGGAGUGUAACACUGCAUCCACAGCUAAAAUGGGGUACACACAUACCGGCAAUCGGACCAAAUUUGAACCUUUUCCACCCCUUCUGAUCAAAGUCAGGAAAGGCCCGAUUAUGGGAUGCCUCGAAAAAAAAUGAUCCUGAGCUAUACUCUUGUGGUGUGGGGUGUGCUAAGAUAAAUUUUUCCUUCUCAAUCAUUGGCUUGUCUAUGUGAGGCCUCUUACAUUCUAACAAUUGGUUAAGAUUAUAAAAAAUCGAUAUGUGUUUACUCCGCUUAAGCUUCUUGAUCAGUGACUGACCAGCAGUGGUUCACCCAUAACACUGAUAUGAAAGUGUCAAUAGCGAGUGUAUACCGUGCAGUGGGAAAAGGGUGGCAACACUCAUUUUUGUUUUACAAUAGCGAUAAACGUCAGCCAUCAAAGCAUCUUCAUGAAAAAGUGGCCGUGAAAGCAUCUUUCUUUCACCAGCUAUUUAAAUACAAAACACAUCAACAAUGCUGAGAAAGAAAAAAAAACUGCGCUGUUGUUUUAACUGUACUCCAUUAUUAUUUAAAAGAAAACCUUUCUUUACAGACGUGAAAGUGAUCUGAUACGAUUCCAUCUCAAUCCACCGUUGCGCCAUUGUUUAACUUAAAAUGUAUUUAAAGACUGCAGCCUUGUGGUGUAUUUAAUCUCAGUGAUAUUUAAGAUAAACUGCACAGUCACAUGAAGUAAGUUAUACUGUAGCUUUAUAUGUUUGUGCAUCAUGUCAGCUGAGCAACAUAAACAACUUAAGUGGUGUCCACUAACAAAGCUGUGUGUAUGAGUGUGCGUGCGUGUAUGACCUCGGGAUUGGACUGACUAGUCGACUUUACUACUUCACAAUGACGUUUAGACUAUGACAUUGACUAGUCGCUAAUAGGAGUCUAAUUGAUAACUUGACUAGUUGAUGAGUCGACUUUACAACUCCACGAUGUUUGGAGUGUGACAGCCACUAGUCACUAAUAGGGCUUGAACCGAUUAGUCGACUAGUUGAUGAGUCAACUUUACUACUCCACAAUAACAUUUAUACUGUAACAUCGACUAGUCACUUAUAGGGGUUGGACCAAUUAGUUACUCCUCCACAAAGAUAUUUAAAGCGUGGCAUUAACAAGUCGCCGAUAGGGGUUGAACCAAUUAGUCGAUUAGUCAUCAAGUCGACUUUACUCCUCCACAAUGAUAUUUAAAGCAUGACGUCGGCAAGUCACUAACGGGAAUGAACAGAUUAAUUGGCUAGUCGAUGAGUCAACAUUACUACUCCACAAUGAUGUUUAGCACGUGACGUUGACUUUACUCAAGCCAACUCAUCGCUAAUCAUGUAGCAUCGCGUCUUCCAAACGGCCACUUUACUGUGGACUGUCAACUCGCCCAUCUGCUUUCCUCACUGGACUAUAAUGCUUUGUGGAGCUGUGAACUGUCCCAGCAGCUCGCGGGUCUUCACCCAGCCCACGUCGAUCCUCUUGUGUUCUGACGUGUGUGUUCUUCAUAAAUUGGGUGUUUGAAGACCUAUAUGCUCAAAUACCAUUAAUAACAUCAUCAGCGACUUUUCGACGUUGACUCGACUUUCACCACAUUAGUGUCGACCCCUGUUAUCUAUGUGUGUGUGUGUGUGUAUCAUCGUUGGUGCCGAAGUGAAGUCUCGUUCGUUGUGUCUGCAUGUGCCAACAGCAAAGAAAAAUUAUGAUGACACAUUUUGUGCCUUUCAAAACGACGUGUUCUUUGCUCAUUGUUUUUCCAGUGUUGCAUUCUCUUCUCUCUUUGUGAAAACACCGAUGCAGCAGCAGCUUGUAAAACCUCCGAAUAUGACUCCCAAUAAAGAAAACAAACCUGUGCCUGUGAGAUUUUUCUAUGUGCACGCAUGUGUAUUCUGCAGCUACAGACACAGAAGUGAAGCCACAAGAUCCAUUUGUUCAAAUGAAAUCAUAUAUUUAGAGAUAUAAAGAUGAUCAUGAAAACUACAGUGAGUUAAAAUAAAAUUGAACACACCCAAAGACUUUUUAUUUGUGCCUAAGACAAAGAAAGUAUAGUGGUGCCUUGUGAUACGACUUUUCAGAAUCAGA